AUGGGGGAGGUAAGGUGGGUAGGGAGGCCCUCCUCAGGAAGGGAGGGUUUGGACACUCUCCCCACAACAAACCCCAUGGCUGACGUCGCCCUUCCCUCUUCUGUCCGUCGCCCUUUGUUCUCUGUCCUUCGCCCUUCCCCCUUCUGUCCGUCGCCCUUUGCUCUCUGUCCUUCGCCCUUCCCCCUUCUGUCCGUCGCCCUUUGCUCUCUGUCCUUCGCCCUUCCCCCUUCUGUCCGUCGUUGCUCUCUGUCCUUCGCCCUUCCCCCUUCUGUCCGUCGUUGCUCUCUGUCCUUCGCCCUUCCCCCUUCUGUCCGUCGUUGCUCUCUGUCCUUCGCCCUUCCCCCUUCUGUCCGUCGUUGCUCUCUGUCCUUCGCUCUUCCCCCUUCUGUCCGUCGUUGCUCUCUGUCCUUCGCCCUUCCCCCUUCUGUCCGUCGUUGCUCUCUGUCCUUCGCCCUUCCCCCUUCUGUCCGUCGUUGCUCUCUGUCCUUCGCCCUUCCCCCUUCUGUCCGUCGUUGCUCUCUGUCCUUCGCCCUUCCCCCUUCUGUCCGUCGUUGCUCUCUGUCCUUCGCCCUUCCCCCUUCUGUCCGUCGUUGCUCUCUGUCCUUCGCUCUUCCCCCUUCUGUCCGUCGUUGCUCUCUGUCCUUCGCCCUUCCCCCUUCUGUCCGUCGUUGCUCUCUGUCCUUCGCCCUUCCCCCUUCUGUCCGUCGUUGCUCUCUGUCCUUCGCCCUUCCCCCUUCUGUCCGUCGUUGCUCUCUGUCCUUCGCCCUUCCCCCUUCUGUCCGUCACCCUUUGCUCUCUGUCCUUCGCCCUUCCCCCUUCUGUCCGUCGUUGCUCUCUGUCCUUCGCCCUUCCCCCUUCUGUCCGUCGUUGCUCUCUGUCCUUCGCCCUUCCCCCUUCUGUCCGUCGUUGCUCUCUGUCCUUCGCCCUUCCCCCUUCUGUCCGUCGUUGCUCUCUGUCCUUCGCCCUUCCCCCUUCUGUCCGUCGCCCUUUGCUCUCUGUCCUUCGCCCUUCCCCCUUCUGUCCGUCGUUGCUCUCUGUCCUUCGCCCUUCCCCCUUCUGUCCGUCGUUGCUCUCUGUCCUUCGCCCUUCCCCCUUCUGUCCGUCGUUGCUCUCUGUCCUUCGCCCUUCCCCCUUCUGUCCGUCGUUGCUCUCUGUCCUUCGCCCUUCCCCCUUCUGUCCGUCGUUGCUCUCUGUCCUUCGCCCUUCCCCCUUCUGUCCGUCGUUGCUCUCUGUCCUUCGCCCUUCCCCCUUCUGUCCGUCGUUGCUCUCUGUCCUUCGCCCUUCCCCCUUCUGUCCGUCGUUGCUCUCUGUCCUUCGCCCUUCCCCCUUCUGUCCGUCGUUGCUCUCUGUCCUUCGCCCUUCCCCCUUCUGUCCGUCGUUGCUCUCUGUCCUUCGCCCUUCCCCCUUCUGUCCGUCGUUGCUCUCUGUCCUUCGCCCUUCCCCCUUCUGUCCGUCGUUGCUCUCUGUCCUUCGCCCUUCCCCCUUCUGUCCGUCGUUGCUCUCUGUCCUUCGCCCUUCCCCCUUCUGUCCGUCGUUGCUCUCUGUCCUUCGCCCUUCCCCCUUCUGUCCGUCGCCCUUUGCUCUCUGUCCUUCGCCCUUCCCCCUUCUGUCCGUCGUUGCUCUCUGUCCUUCGCCCUUCCCCCUUCUGUCCGUCGUUGCUCUCUGUCCUUCGCCCUUCCCCCUUCUGUCCGUCGUUGCUCUCUGUCCUUCGCCCUUCCCCCUUCUGUCCGUCGUUGCUCUCUGUCCUUCGCCCUUCCCCCUUCUGUCCGUCGUUGCUCUCUGUCCUUCGCCCUUCCCCCUUCUGUCCGUCGUUGCUCUCUGUCCUUCGCCCUUCCCCCUUCUGUCCGUCGUUGCUCUCUGUCCUUCGCCCUUCCCCCUUCUGUCCGUCGUUGCUCUCUGUCCUUCGCCCUUCCCCCUUCUGUCCGUCGUUGCUCUCUGUCCUUCGCCCUUCCCCCUUCUGUCCGUCGUUGCUCUCUGUCCUUCGCCCUUCCCCCUUCUGUCCGUCGUUGCUCUCUGUCCUUCGCCCUUCCCCCUUCUGUCCGUCGUUGCUCUCUGUCCUUCGCCCUUCCCCCUUCUGUCCGUCGUUGCUCUCUGUCCUUCGCCCUUCCCCCUUCUGUCCGUCGUUGCUCUCUGUCCUUCGCCCUUCCCCCUUCUGUCCGUCGUUGCUCUCUGUCCUUCGCCCUUCCCCCUUCUGUCCGUCGUUGCUCUCUGUCCUUCGCCCUUCCCCCUUCUGUCCGUCGUUGCUCUCUGUCCUUCGCCCUUCCCCCUUCUGUCCGUCGUUGCUCUCUGUCCUUCGCCCUUCCCCCUUCUGUCCGUCGUUGCUCUCUGUCCUUCGCCCUUCCCCCUUCUGUCCGUCGUUGCUCUCUGUCCUUCGCCCUUCCCCCUUCUGUCCGUCGUUGCUCUCUGUCCUUCGCCCUUCCCCCUUCUGUCCGUCGUUGCUCUCUGUCCUUCGCCCUUCCCCCUUCUGUCCGUCGUUGCUCUCUGUCCUUCGCCCUUCCCCCUUCUGUCCGUCGUUGCUCUCUGUCCUUCGCCCUUCCCCCUUCUGUCCGUCGUUGCUCUCUGUCCUUCGCCCUUCCCCCUUCUGUCCGUCGUUGCUCUCUGUCCUUCGCCCUUCCCCCUUCUGUCCGUCGUUGCUCUCUGUCCUUCGCCCUUCCCCCUUCUGUCCGUCGUUGCUCUCUGUCCUUCGCCCUUCCCCCUUCUGUCCGUCGUUGCUCUCUGUCCUUCGCCCUUCCCCCUUCUGUCCGUCGUUGCUCUCUGUCCUUCGCCCUUCCCCCUUCUGUCCGUCGUUGCUCUCUGUCCUUCGCCCUUCCCCCUUCUGUCCGUCGUUGCUCUCUGUCCUUCGCCCUUCCCCCUUCUGUCCGUCGUUGCUCUCUGUCCUUCGCCCUUCCCCCUUCUGUCCGUCGUUGCUCUCUGUCCUUCGCCCUUCCCCCUUCUGUCCGUCGUUGCUCUCUGUCCUUCGCCCUUCCCCCUUCUGUCCGUCGUUGCUCUCUGUCCUUCGCCCUUCCCCCUUCUGUCCGUCGUUGCUCUCUGUCCUUCGCCCUUCCCCCUUCUGUCCGUCGUUGCUCUCUGUCCUUCGCCCUUCCCCCUUCUGUCCGUCGUUGCUCUCUGUCCUUCGCCCUUCCCCCUUCUGUCCGUCGUUGCUCUCUGUCCUUCGCCCUUCCCCCUUCUGUCCGUCGUUGCUCUCUGUCCUUCGCCCUUCCCCCUUCUGUCCGUCGUUGCUCUCUGUCCUUCGCCCUUCCCCCUUCUGUCCGUCGUUGCGCUCUGUCCUUCGCCCUUCCCCCUUCUGUCCGUCGUUGCUCUCUGUCCUUCGCCCUUCCCCCUUCUGUCCGUCGUUGCUCUCUGUCCUUCGCCCUUCCCCCUUCUGUCCGUCGUUGCUCUCUGUCCUUCGCCCUUCCCCCUUCUGUCCGUCGUUGCUCUCUGUCCUUCGCCCUUCCCCCUUCUGUCCGUCGUUGCUCUCUGUCCUUCGCCCUUCCCCCUUCUGUCCGUCGUUGCUCUCUGUCCUUCGCUCUUCCCCCUUCUGUCCGUCGUUGCUCUCUGUCCUUCGCCCUUCCCCCUUCUGUCCGUCGUUGCUCUCUGUCCUUCGCCCUUCCCCCUUCUGUCCGUCGUUGCUCUCUGUCCUUCGCCCUUCCCCCUUCUGUCCGUCGUUGCUCUCUGUCCUUCGCCCUUCCCCCUUCUGUCCGUCGUUGCUCUCUGUCCUUCGCCCUUCCCCCUUCUGUCCGUCGUUGCUCUCUGUCCUUCGCCCUUCCCCCUUCUGUCCGUCGUUGCUCUCUGUCCUUCGCCCUUCCCCCUUCUGUCCGUCGUUGCUCUCUGUCCUUCGCCCUUCCCCCUUCUGUCCGUCGUUGCUCUCUGUCCUUCGCCCUUCCCCCUUCUGUCCGUCGUUGCUCUCUGUCCUUCGCCCUUCCCCCUUCUGUCCGUCGUUGCUCUCUGUCCUUCGCCCUUCCCCCUUCUGUCCGUCGUUGCUCUCUGUCCUUCGCCCUUCCCCCUUCUGUCCGUCGUUGCUCUCUGUCCUUCGCCCUUCCCCCUUCUGUCCGUCGUUGCUCUCUGUCCUUCGCCCUUCCCCCUUCUGUCCGUCGUUGCUCUCUGUCCUUCGCCCUUCCCCCUUCUGUCCGUCGUUGCUCUCUGUCCUUCGCCCUUCCCCCUUCUGUCCGUCGUUGCUCUCUGUCCUUCGCCCUUCCCCCUUCUGUCCGUCGUUGCUCUCUGUCCUUCGCCCUUCCCCCUUCUGUCCGUCGUUGCUCUCUGUCCUUCGCCCUUCCCCCUUCUGUCCGUCGUUGCUCUCUGUCCUUCGCCCUUCCCCCUUCUGUCCGUCGUUGCUCUCUGUCCUUCGCCCUUCCCCCUUCUGUCCGUCGUUGCUCUCUGUCCUUCGCCCUUCCCCCUUCUGUCCGUCGUUGCUCUCUGUCCUUCGCCCUUCCCCCUUCUGUCCGUCGUUGCUCUCUGUCCUUCGCCCUUCCCCCUUCUGUCCGUCGUUGCUCUCUGUCCUUCGCCCUUCCCCCUUCUGUCCGUCGUUGCUCUCUGUCCUUCGCCCUUCCCCCUUCUGUCCGUCGUUGCUCUCUGUCCUUCGCCCUUCCCCCUUCUGUCCGUCGUUGCUCUCUGUCCUUCGCCCUUCCCCCUUCUGUCCGUCGUUGCUCUCUGUCCUUCGCCCUUCCCCCUUCUGUCCGUCGUUGCUCUCUGUCCUUCGCCCUUCCCCCUUCUGUCCGUCGUUGCUCUCUGUCCUUCGCCCUUCCCCCUUCUGUCCGUCGUUGCUCUCUGUCCUUCGCCCUUCCCCCUUCUGUCCGUCGUUGCUCUCUGUCCUUCGCCCUUCCCCCUUCUGUCCGUCGUUGCUCUCUGUCCUUCGCCCUUCCCCCUUCUGUCCGUCGUUGCUCUCUGUCCUUCGCCCUUCCCCCUUCUGUCCGUCGUUGCUCUCUGUCCUUCGCCCUUCCCCCUUCUGUCCGUCGUUGCGCUCUGUCCUUCGCCCUUCCCCCUUCUGUCCGUCGUUGCUCUCUGUCCUUCGCCCUUCCCCCUUCUGUCCGUCGUUGCUCUCUGUCCUUCGCCCUUCCCCCUUCUGUCCGUCGUUGCUCUCUGUCCUUCGCCCUUCCCCCUUCUGUCCGUCGUUGCUCUCUGUCCUUCGCCCUUCCCCCUUCUGUCCGUCGUUGCUCUCUGUCCUUCGCCCUUCCCCCUUCUGUCCGUCGUUGCUCUCUGUCCUUCGCUCUUCCCCCUUCUGUCCGUCGUUGCUCUCUGUCCUUCGCCCUUCCCCCUUCUGUCCGUCGUUGCUCUCUGUCCUUCGCCCUUCCCCCUUCUGUCCGUCGUUGCUCUCUGUCCUUCGCCCUUCCCCCUUCUGUCCGUCGUUGCUCUCUGUCCUUCGCCCUUCCCCCUUCUGUCCGUCGUUGCUCUCUGUCCUUCGCCCUUCCCCCUUCUGUCCGUCGUUGCUCUCUGUCCUUCGCCCUUCCCCCUUCUGUCCGUCGUUGCUCUCUGUCCUUCGCCCUUCCCCCUUCUGUCCGUCGUUGCUCUCUGUCCUUCGCCCUUCCCCCUUCUGUCCGUCGUUGCUCUCUGUCCUUCGCCCUUCCCCCUUCUGUCCGUCGUUGCUCUCUGUCCUUCGCCCUUCCCCCUUCUGUCCGUCGUUGCUCUCUGUCCUUCGCCCUUCCCCCUUCUGUCCGUCGUUGCGCUCUGUCCUUCGCCCUUCCCCCUUCUGUCCGUCGUUGCUCUCUGUCCUUCGCCCUUCCCCCUUCUGUCCGUCGUUGCUCUCUGUCCUUCGCCCUUCCCCCUUCUGUCCGUCGUUGCUCUCUGUCCUUCGCCCUUCCCCCUUCUGUCCGUCGUUGCUCUCUGUCCUUCGCCCUUCCCCCUUCUGUCCGUCGUUGCUCUCUGUCCUUCGCCCUUCCCCCUUCUGUCCGUCGUUGCUCUCUGUCCUUCGCCCUUCCCCCUUCUGUCCGUCGUUGCUCUCUGUCCUUCGCCCUUCCCCCUUCUGUCCGUCGUUGCUCUCUGUCCUUCGCCCUUCCCCCUUCUGUCCGUCGUUGCUCUCUGUCCUUCGCCCUUCCCCCUUCUGUCCGUCGUUGCGCUCUGUCCUUCGCCCUUCCCCCUUCUGUCCGUCGUUGCUCUCUGUCCUUCGCCCUUCCCCCUUCUGUCCGUCGUUGCUCUCUGUCCUUCGCCCUUCCCCCUUCUGUCCGUCGUUGCUCUCUGUCCUUCGCCCUUCCCCCUUCUGUCCGUCGUUGCUCUCUGUCCUUCGCCCUUCCCCCUUCUGUCCGUCGUUGCUCUCUGUCCUUCGCCCUUCCCCCUUCUGUCCGUCGUUGCGCUCUGUCCUUCGCCCUUCCCCCUUCUGUCCGUCGUUGCUCUCUGUCCUUCGCCCUUCCCCCUUCUGUCCGUCGUUGCGCUCUGUCCUUCGCCCUUCCCCCUUCUGUCCGUCGUUGCUCUCUGUCCUUCGCCCUUCCCCCUUCUGUCCGUCGUUGCUCUCUGUCCUUCGCCCUUCCCCCUUCUGUCCGUCGUUGCUCUCUGUCCUUCGCCCUUCCCCCUUCUGUCCGUCGUUGCUCUCUGUCCUUCGCCCUUCCCCCUUCUGUCCGUCGUUGCUCUCUGUCCUUCGCCCUUCCCCCUUCUGUCCGUCGUUGCUCUCUGUCCUUCGCUCUUCCCCCUUCUGUCCGUCGUUGCUCUCUGUCCUUCGCCCUUCCCCCUUCUGUCCGUCGUUGCUCUCUGUCCUUCGCCCUUCCCCCUUCUGUCCGUCGUUGCUCUCUGUCCUUCGCCCUUCCCCCUUCUGUCCGUCGUUGCUCUCUGUCCUUCGCCCUUCCCCCUUCUGUCCGUCGUUGCUCUCUGUCCUUCGCCCUUCCCCCUUCUGUCCGUCGUUGCGCUCUGUCCUUCGCCCUUCCCCCUUCUGUCCGUCGUUGCUCUCUGUCCUUCGCCCUUCCCCCUUCUGUCCGUCGUUGCUCUCUGUCCUUCGCCCUUCCCCCUUCUGUCCGUCGUUGCUCUCUGUCCUUCGCCCUUCCCCCUUCUGUCCGUCGUUGCGCUCUGUCCUUCGCCCUUCCCCCUUCUGUCCUUCGCCCUUCCCCCUUCUGUCCUUCGCCCUUCCCCCUUCUGUCCUUCGCCCUCGCGCUCUGUCCGCGCCCUUCACGGAAGUUCUCUCUCUGCCUGUGGGUCGCCCUGCUUAAAGUCGUUCGCCCUUCGCUCUCUGGAUUUCGCCCUUCGCUCUCUCCCCUUCGCCCUUCGCUCUCUCCCCUUCGCCCUUCGCUCUCUCCCCUUCGCCCUUCGCUCUCUCCCCUUCGCCCUCCGCUCUCCCUUGGCCAUGCCAGCAGUCAUGCCGCCGCACGGGUGGCGCGUGUGGGUGACAGCAGCGCAAAUGGCGGGACAUCGUGCAACGAGCUAGCGGAUCACGCCGUGGCAUACGCCAUGUCGGCGAUAACCAGCCAGGCACGUUACUAG